CACCGCCUUUGGCUUUCCUAGAAAUUGGCAAGUAGAUAGUACUGGGGCAGAGGGCGGGGGAGGGGGAGGUAGUAAGAAUGAAAUUUGGAGAAGGAAAGAAUUUGUACCUAAUAAUGAAAUAUAUUAAAAUGGUUAAUUUAUUACUUAUGUAUGUUUGAGAUUUUAUAGCUAAACAUUUAAAAAUUCAUAAAUUAAUUGACUUUACUGGUUUGCUUUGGCUUUCUGUAGUCAAUCUGCGAGUUGUAAAGCUUUUUGAAUUUAAAAAAUGUAUUAAGUUGGUAGGGGAAAUUAUUUUAAAUGUUAGGAUACAAUAUUAAUCAUAUUACAUAAACAAAAAUAGUGUAUACAUUUUGCCAAAUUGGGGUUAAGUGAUAUAAGAAAAAUUUUCAUGAUUUAAGAUUUAAAGUAUCCUCUUAAGGUAAUUUACCUUAGUUGUUACUCAGACCAUUAUUUCAUAUUCAGUGUAAUUGUUUGCUAUGCAACUGGAAUUUUCUUUUUUCUUUCACUGGCUUUUUUUGAGUGAGGGGGGCAGUUGAAGAAAAAUCACGGAAAGCAAUUUUCCAAAGCCUGAGUCAAGGAAAUAGUUGUUGAAGAUGGGAACAAGGCUAAAGGCCUUAUAGUUUUUUGUUAAAUUUUAUGGCUUGGCCUGCUUUAAGAGCUAAUUAUUACUAGUAUUUAUUUUGUUAGUAGCUUCUGUUUACAGAGCUACUCACAUAUAAUAGGCUGUGCUGAAUUUGACAGUUCUGGUGUGUAAUUAACUUUUAUUCGGAGCACUGACUAUGGCAUGUGUACAUGGAUUUUAGAAUUGGGUUAUUAUAGUUUCACUGUCUUUAAUAUGUAUUUUCACUGGUGGAUGGGGUAACUGCCACAUAAAAAAUUUAUCUGAAACAAUUUAAUGAGCUUUCAUAUGUAAUGUUUUAAAACAUCUUUUAGAAACCAGGCUAACAUUAAAAUAACUUAAUAUAUGUUUGCUACACUCUCAAGGCUUUGUGCUUAUUUCAGGAUGCCUAUUCUGGGAUGUCAGAAACAUUACAGUCAGAUACAGCGAGUACCAUUCUGUUAUUUUUGAAGUCGCAGAGUAGGACAUUCUGGAUUUUUUCAGAUAAAUUGAAAGUAUUUUUCCCAUGCUUGGGGGUUAGAGUAGGGUAGGGGGAAUAAAAAUGUAUUAAAGUUAAUUAUUUGCUAAAACUAUGCUUAUCUACUGAUGGGUAAGAGGACAAUGAGCCCAAAAUUGGAGAGCAAGGUGAGAAAAGAGCUGGUUAUGGUUUAGUUCUGCAUACCAAGUUCAUAUCAAUUUCGUACCAAGUAAACUGCAUGGGAAAAAAGAAAUAAGGUAGAAAGUUUAUUAAAGGGGAAUACUAGUUAUAUCAGAAAAUUAUGCCACCAGCAGCACAGGAUCUUGUGUUAUGUUAGCUCAUUACUGAAUUGUAAGAAAGAAUUUUAUCAGUGUUGCUUUGUUGGAACCUUGCUAUAUUCCCAUAGAGUUUGUCACAUAUGUGAGAAGCCCUGACCGGGAUUUGUUGUAAAUAUUCAAGGUUAUGGGCAUGUAGAGGUUCCUCUUUUUUGUUUGUUUUACUUGAUAGAGAUGAGUAAAUAUACAUGUAUUAUAAUAGCUUUUGAAUAUUUUAAUAUUACCAUUUUGAGUCAAAGUUUCACUAUUUUUGAACAUGAAAAUUUAAGCAUAUUUUUACUGCAGUUUAGUUAUAGGUAUUUUAGAACACUAACCUAUAAAGUAAUUGGUAUCAGAAAAACAUUCAUAUAUACGUUUUUUCAUUAAACUAAAUACAACAGAGAUGAGUUUAUAGAUCCUGAAGAAUGUCACGGUGAGCAUUUAAAGAUCUGAUUAUGCACUCUAAGCAAAGUAAUACUGUAUUAUUGUACUAAAAAAGAUAGCAAGUGAGUUUUAAAUAAACCAAAGGAAAGAGUUCCAGUGGAGUAAGUUCUGUAAGAGGAGAUGUUCUGUGGUGCUAUGAGCAGACUUCUGUUUACUUCACUGCUUGCAUUCUCUCCUUGAUAUUAUAGAAACAGCAGUAUGAAAAAAAUGAGAAAACCAUAGAAACAAUUUUAAGAAAAGUUUUUUCAGUUUCUUUCAAUUUGCUGGGUUUUUUAAUGCAGACAGAUUGAGAGGUUCCUAAGCUGUAUAAGUAAUGUUUGAUGUGUAGUAGUUUUAUACAUGUUAAGCAUUAGCUGUUGUUAAUAAAACAUGCCAUUUCAAAAUAAAAUAUACUUGCAUUAUACUCAUUCAAAGAUGACCUCUUUUUGUUGUUGCGUGCAUCUCAGAUUUCUUUUUAUAAAUGUUAACACUUAGAAAAAGAUAAGGUCGAACAUAACAAGGGUGUCAGCCUAAUCAUCAGUCGUAACUUUAUGUCCACAUUUUCUGGUAGAUGGAUUUUGACUAUUAAUUUGGUUUUGUAUGUUUUCUCUAUGUGAUAUUUGUGCAUUAUUAGAUGACUAGACUGGCCAAGGCAGACCUGUUACACUUGCCUGAGUUAGGCAUUGUUUGCCAUGCCACUAAACCUGCCGCCAAGUGAAACCUUCAUUGGGGAAAUGAGAUCGGAGUCUGAACCGCAGAAGAUGGACGCCCUGUCUCUGUUUUUUAUUGUUUUACUUUAAUUUCGUUUUAUUUAUUUUGUCCCUUUUUUUGUUUUUGUUUUGUUUUUGUUUUGUUAAAUCUCUUUCACUUUAACUUGUGAGCUGGUUUCCAGUUCUUUCUAAAUGGUAUUCCAUUAAGGGUUCAUAACAUUGCCUUACAGAUUAUAUUGGGAGAUGAUUAGCAGAGCUCAACCUUAAGAUAAAAUCAGUUUUCACAGUAAAUUGGGAUACAGUGUCACGAAGCUCAAUUGAUGCAGCCAACACGAACGGUUGUCAUGUGUAACACAACUUUCGAUCACCGCGAAAACACCGUCCUGGGAAAGCGUCCAUGCUUGAUAUCGUUUGGUUCAUGAACAUUAAGUUUCCAGUACAGGUAAAAUCCCAGAGGAAUCCAAAGCCCUCUCUUUAUUGGCUCCUGCUCCAACCAUGACAAGUCUGAUGCCUGGUGCAGGCUUGCUCCCCAUACCGACCCCCAAUCCCUUGACUACACUGGGUGUUUCCCUUAGUAGUUUGGGGGCUAUACCGGCAGCAGCACUAGAUCCCAACAUCGCAACACUUGGAGAGAUCCCACAGCCGCCGCUCAUGGGAAAUGUGGACCCUUCCAAGAUCGACGAGAUUAGGAGAACAGUCUAUGUUGGCAAUUUGAAUUCCCAGACAACAACAGCUGAUCAGCUACUUGAAUUUUUUAAACAAGUUGGAGAAGUGAAGUUUGUGCGGAUGGCAGGUGAUGAGACUCAGCCAACUCGGUUUGCUUUUGUGGAAUUUGCAGACCAAAAUUCUGUACCAAGGGCCCUUGCUUUUAAUGGAGUUAUGUUUGGAGACAGGCCACUGAAAAUAAAUCACUCCAACAAUGCAAUAGUAAAACCCCCUGAGAUGACACCUCAGGCUGCAGCUAAGGAGUUAGAAGAAGUAAUGAAGCGAGUACGAGAGGCUCAGUCCUUUAUCUCAGCAGCUAUUGAACCAGAGUCUGGAAAGAGCAAUGAAAGAAAAGGCGGUCGAUCUCGUUCCCACACUCGUUCAAAAUCCAGGUCUAGCUCAAAAUCCCAUUCUAGAAGGAAAAGGUCACAGUCAAAACACAGGAGUAGAUCCCAUAAUAGAUCACGUUCAAGACAAAAAGACAGACGUAGGUCUAAGAGCCCACAUAGAAAACGCUCUAAAUCGAGGGAGAGACGGAAGUCAAGGAGUCGUUCGCGCUCACGGGACAAGAGAAAAGACACCCGAGAAAAGAUCAAGGAAAAGGAAAGAGUGAAAGAAAAAGAUAGAGAAAAGGAAAGGGAUAAAGAGAGAGACAGGGAAAAGGAACGUGAAAAAGAAAAGGAACGGGGUAAAAACAAAGAUAAAGACCGGGAAAAGGACAAGGACCGGGAUAAAGACAAGGAAAAGGACAGAGAGAGAGAGCGGGAAAAAGAGCAUGAAAAGGAGCGAGACAAAGAGAAGGAAAAGGAACAGGACAAAGAAAAGGACCGAGAAAAGGACAGAUCCAAAGAGACAGAUGAGAAAAGAAAGAAGGAUAAAAAAUCCAGAACACCACCCAGAAGUUACAAUGCAUCAAGAAGAUCUCGUAGUUCCAGCAGGGAAAGGCGUAGGAGAAGGAGCAGGAGUUCUUCCAGGUCACCAAGAACAUCAAAAACCAUGAAAAGAAAGUCUUCUAGGUCUCCGUCCCCUAGGAGCAGAAAUAAGAAGGAUAAAAAGAGAGAAAAAGAAAGGGACCACAUCAGUGAAAGAAGAGAGAGAGAACGGUCAACCUCUACAAGAAAGAGUUCUAAUGACAGAGAUGGGAAGGAAAAGCUGGAGAAGAACAGCACUUCACUUAAAGAAAAGGAGCACAAUAAAGAACCAGAUUCAAGUGUGGGCAAAGAAGUAGAUGACAAGGAUGCACCAAGGACUGAGGAAAACAAAGUACAGCAAAAUGGGAGUUGUCAGCCAAAUGAAGAAAACCUCUCUACCAAAACAGAAGCAGUAUAGGACUGACAAAUGCACCUCUGAACACACGCUGGAAUAAAAUCCAAAGCUUUUAAUUCUCUCAACAAGAUGUUAAACAGUGAAGAAAUCCAGAUGAGCAUAAAAAUAUGAACUGACAGCUUUUCUAGUUGUUAGGUGACUUUGUGGCCAUCUUGUUACUGAGUAAGAAAAUAAAGCAUGGACGUGAUGAAAAUAACAGAUGUUACCCAAACCCCUCACAUUCUAGAAUCUGUGCAUUUCCAUGGUGGCUGACACACUUGUUGUGUGGUUUGUUAGUGUUUGCCGAGAACCAUUACAAAGAAAUGGGACAGCAAAGAUUCAAAUUUGGAUUAUCCAUAAAGACUGAAGAUAAGCAUUGGAGGCUCUCUUUAAAAAAAUGCUAGUUACUGAAUUUUGUAUUGUUUUACCUUUUUUUCCCUAAAUUUCAAUAUAUACAGAUUGAUGGAUGAUGUGCUUGAAAUCGGUGCAAAUAUAUACACACUCUUGUAAGUGCAGAGUAUGUAAGAAGUUUUAACAUUUACUUCACAGGAUUUGUAGUGAUUGUGUUAAAUUCUCACUAUUGUGUUUUCUUUUGCUCACUGUUUAGGACAGCAGUUUUUCUUUAAAAUAGUUUUACAGAUUAAAAUUGCUUAAAUAAGUGGAUUAAAAAAACUGACAAUGCAUGCUACUGUUCUCUUUUAAAAGGAAGAGCAACUGUGUUGAAUACUAAUAAUAAUGUAUUAGUAUUCAGUGUUUAGAAUCAUUGGGUCUCCCCACAAAGUGAGCAUUUCUUUUGAACUUGACAUUUCCAAGCUUAUUAUGAAUAAUAUUGCAGUGUGUAUUGUCAGCUGUAGGUGGCAAAAGUGCCACUAUAAAAAGAAAACUGGGUUUUCAAAAUGGGCUAUGGGAGCACAAGCUGAAGCUUUAGUGCCUUCUACAAUGUGGUAUACUGUUUUCUAGAAUUUUAUAUGUGGUAGUUACUCUCAAUUCAUAUGGAAUUUAGAUGGAUAUUCCAUUCACUCCCAUAGAGAAGUGUGCAAGUGGUAUGUCAGAAGAGCUUCUUACUUAGUUCACCCAAUAUGAGAGGGAAGUCCUAUUUUCAAGAGUGAUUUUAGAGCUUAAAACAACAAUGCAGUUUUGGGACCAUCAGUUUUAUACUGUGAUAAUUGAAAAUGAAGCAUGUUCUUAUUUUACUUAAAUCAAAGCAGACUCUUUAGUUGUCUACAUCGGAUGGCCUUAAUUAUUACCUCUCAAUCAUCUUCUCAUAAAUGAUGUGCAGAAAUUAUACUUAAAGGAGAAUACAUGAGGUGGUUUUAUGUUUAAGGGUAUGUUUACUUGAGUUUAAAAUACAGGUCAUUCGUCAUUCUUAGGCUCAAUUUUUGCAGAAAGUAUGCAAGUAGUAAAAUGACAACAUUGCUGGUAUUUUCCCCCAAAACCAUAACUCAUAGUGUCAGAACUCUUUCAUUGUUGUUAUAUUUCCAAAAAGUUAUACCUUUUAAUUAGCAUGUUAUUAAAAAAAAUCAAGUAUAAUUAUUUUAAUGCAAUCUAAUACAAUCAAAUUACUCAGUUGCCUUACCUCAUGGGAAGAGUUACUUAUAGAUUUAAAAAGCUGAGUAGCACAUCAGUUACUUGGUUUCAACUUGAGUUUUCUUUUAAUAUUAAUACUAUUGAAACUUAAGUAUUUGGUGGAGAAUGGAAAGAAUUGCCCUUAUUGCAAGUAAUGAAACCUGGUUUGAUUAUGAAGCUGCUUGAUUACUCUUCAUGUGUUCAGAAUUACUGUGUUUUUUUUUUUUCCUUUUUGUCACUGUACAUUAAAAGUUUUGAAAAUGCUUUACUAUGUAAAGUAUAGAUGGUCAUUUUAAUCAUUCAACCACAUACGGUUGGCUGGUAAACAGCUUAUUCUGAUACAAGAAUGCUUGGGUGCAUAUGGAAAGAUUGAAGGAGUGUGUGUCUUGCAUCAACAGCUGUCUUAUUUAUGAUAUGUAAGUAGAAUAGAGCAAAUGUUUGAAUCUUUGUUAUUUUUAGUACUGUUUCUCUAAUAAAGCUAAGUAUUUUAGAGGAAA